CCAUUUAAAUCGCUGACCCUUCUCUCUAUACUCAUCUCUUCAUUUUCAUUUUUCAAAGACAAAACAACGCACAAUCAGUACUGCUAGCUAUAUAGUCUCUCACUCUCUCUCCCUCACUCCAAUUUUCUUGCACCACCAUUAAUAUAUAUAUAUAGAGAGAGAGAGAGAGAGAGAAGUAGCUGAGGAGCUGAGAAAACAGAUCUGCGGUGGCUGGUUUGGGUGGUGAAUCCACUUAGAAAUGGGUCGGUCACCAUGCUGCGACAAAGUAGGUUUGAAGAAAGGGCCAUGGACUCCUGAAGAAGACCAGAAACUCUUGGCUUAUAUCGAAGAACAUGGCCAUGGAAGUUGGCGAGCUUUACCAGCUAAAGCAGGGCUUCAAAGAUGUGGAAAGAGUUGCAGACUAAGAUGGACUAAUUAUCUAAGACCUGAUAUCAAGAGGGGCAAGUUCAGUUUGCAAGAAGAGCAAACCAUUAUUCAACUCCAUGCUUUACUAGGCAACAGGUGGUCGGCUAUAGCAACUCAUUUGCCAAAAAGAACAGAUAAUGAGAUAAAAAAUUAUUGGAACACUCAUCUCAAGAAACGCUUAGCCAAAAUGGGAAUCGACCCAGUUACCCACAAACCCAAGAACGAUCUUCUCUCUCACGACGGUCACUCCAAGAACGCCGCCAACUUAAGCCACAUGGCUCAGUGGGAGAGCGCGCGCCUCGAAGCCGAAGCCAGGCUCGUCAGAGAGUCAAAGCUUCGUACCGCCACCACCACCACCCCCACCCCCACCAACAACAAGAAUAUUCAUUUCCACGCUCAUCUCAACCACAACAAUAUCAUCGGCUCGGCUUCAGCUUCGGCUUCGGCUCAGCUUCUUGACAAGACGACGUCGUCGUCCUCGUCCCCUUCGGAUGUUGAUGUUGCAAUGCCCGUACUCAAUCAUAAUAAUAAUAACAAUGGUAAUAAUAAUGCCUUUAAGUCUGCCACGUGGAAUAAUACUAGUGGUUCAGCGUGGUCAAAGUCUUCGGCUAGCGGUGGGGUCCGCAGUGACCUCGAGUCUCCAACAUCAACCUUAACGUUCUCUGAGAACGCACCGCCGGUAAUGGCUGCCGGAGUUACUACUGCUGCAGCUACGACCACCUCGAAGGCAGUGAAUAUUCAUGAGUUUGUUGGGUCCUCGUCGGCUUCUUCAGAGACUGGGAUCAUUAAAGAAGAGGGAGAACAAAAUUGGAAAGGUUUUGGGAGUAAUAACAAUAAUAAUAAUAACUAUGAUGAAGAAGAAGGGCUUGAUAAUUCAUUAUUGUCGUUUAACAUUCAUGGAGGGGUAUCAUGGGCUCCGGAGUCCUUAAAAACGACAAUCACUGGUACUCAUAAUAAUGGUAUUGUAGAGGAAGGGUUUACUAGUCUUUUGCUUAAUAAUAUCUGCGAAGAGCCUAGCUAUUCUGAUGGUGGCGGCGGCGGCGGAGGUGGCUGCGACGACGAUGAAAAUGGCAGUGGCGGAAGUGGCAGCGGCACUAGUGAACAUUACCAAGAUAAUGAGAAUUAUUGGAAUAGUAUUCUCAAUUUGGUGAAUUCUUCUCCCUCAGAUUCUCCUAUGUUCUAGUGGUUAAAAGCUUAGUCAAAAGAACUCUCUUUUUUUUCUUCGGAUAAUUUUAAUAUUAUUGUGAUUAAUUUGUCAUAAGUUAGGUUAAUUAAUAGGGGCUCAUAGAAUUAAUGAUAAUGCCAAAGCAAUUUUAAUUGCUUCCACGGUACGUUCUCUCUCAUAAAACACUAAAUAAAAAAAAUGGUAUAAUCA